AUGGCUGAAAUUCAUUCUGGACGACCGAAUGAUGGUGUCGGUAUCAUCAUUCUAGGUAAUUCCGGAUCAGGCAAAAGUUUCCUUUGUAAUAUCCUGCUUGAUGAGAUGCGGUUCAGAAGCGAGUAUGAUCCAAACGCGGUUACAGUAAAAACAGAACGGGCAGAAAUCAAAAUGGGCGAAAUGACAUUUUCAAUAUUCAAUAUUCCAGGCUUGAUCGAAUCGGAUCAACAACGGAUCGAUCAAAACAAGAAAGAAAUCGAGAAGGCGUUUCAAAUGUGUCCAUACUCGAUCGUGAUUUAUGUAUGGACACCAAAUAGUGGCGGACGAGUGGUAGCUGAUGAUGGUAUUGGUUUUUCGGCUCUACACAAGGCUUAUCAAUUUCCAUCUACAUCAAUAAUUUAUGUUAUCAAUAACGUACUAAGCAAUCGCAAACGCAGUUUUGAUGUUGACUUUCUUGUGCAGAUUAAAGAAGCUCUUACAGUAAACCAAUUAACUCUUACACCGGACGACUCAGUAUUUGUCGAAAAGAUCAAUUUCGAUGACAAGCAAGAGAGACAGACUAUGCGGAAAAAAAUUAUUAACUGUAUCGCGAUACAUUCUCCGGCAAUACAAGAGAAAAAAGCCGAUAUUAUUCUCGAGACAGCUCAAUUAAGAGAACUACGUGAAAAAUUUAAACGUCAUCAAGCCGAAGCUGAAAAAGAUCAGAAGAAGUAUAAAAGCGAACUCGAAGAAAUGAGAUUAAAACUGGAGAGAGUUGAGGCUAUUCGCACACCAGAUACUUUCAUGGGCGCCCUAUACUCUGGUGCCCAAAGUGGUGCUUAUGCAGCUGGUGUUGCAUUGGGUGCUGUAACUGCACCUCUUCUGGCUCCUGGCUACCAUUUGGCUAAGGCACUAGACGAGUGGUGGCAUUCGUAG